CGACCGACUGAUUGUGGGAUCUACUUCUCAUACUUUGUGUUCAGCUAUGGACCACGCAGGUAUUGGCGCAACACACGUCAACAACUUGAUGGCAACACUGAAUAUUCCAGUAGCUAGUGAAAAGUGUCUGCGAAACCACGAGAAAUCCAUUGGACCUAUAACAGAGAGUGUUGCUGCUUCAAGUUGCAAAGAUUCUGCAUCAAAGGAGAAAGCCCAAUCUGGCAGUGAAGACAUUGUGAUGAGUUAUGACAUGGGAUGGCAGAAGCGAGGACGUGCCACUGGUGUUGGUCAUGCCAUUGGUGCCAAGACGGGCCUAAUUAUAGCUUAUGGUACUCGCUCAAAGGGUUGCGCCAUUUGUUUAAAUGCUGAACGCCGCCGCAAAGCUGUUCCUCCUCAUGAUUGCAAGAAAACCCAUUCCGGUUCCGCAAAGAGCAUGGAGGGUUCUGUAGCUGUGGGCAUUGGCAACUUCUUGAAGAAUUCUGGUGUGAACGUGGCUGUUAUGGUGGGAGAUGACGACUCGUCAGCCAUAAAGCGUUUGCGGACAGAAGUGUUUGAAAAUAUAUCGAAGAGCUCAGACUUGAACCAUGUAAAAAAGAAUCUUGGUAACGCACUCUACAAGCUGAAGCAACAGGGCCACAAGGAAAUGUCGGAUAUGGUCAUCAAGAGUGUUCAGAAAUGCUUCAUGUUCGCCGUGCACCAGUCAAAGAAUGAUGCCCCAUCUUUGAAAGCGUCCUUGAUGGCAACCGUUCCACAUCUCUAUGGUGAUCAUAAGGAUUGUGGAGACUGGUGCGCAUAUUCCAAAGAUCCUGCAAACUACAAGCACAAGAGCUUGCCGUAUGGUCGUGACUUGUCCAAUGAAAGAACCAAGUCUGAGCUGAUGAAAAUCUUCACAAUGUAUGCCGAAAAUGCGAACAAGCUAGCUAACCACGGAAGUUCGCAAGCCAACGAGUCUUUCAACAACACCGUAGCUAGCAAGCAGCCCAAGUCGAGGAGCUACGCAUCAUCUGGCUCCUUCGGCUUCCGGGUUGGUGCAGCAGUCGCACAGAAGAACAUCGGAUACAACUAUGUAUCAAAAGUGUGCAUAGAGGCAGGGCUUUCUCCGAGUAGGCACGCCGAAACGCUGGGACAGAAGAUGGAUGGAAAACGAAAAAAGGAAUCACUCCGGAAGUCGUCUAAGCCAGUGAAGAGGCGGCGACUUGAGCUUAGUAAACUCCGAUCUAGCAAGCAGUCGGCUGUUGAGGUAGGAGAAGGUACUCAGUAUGGAAGUGAAUGCGCUCGCCGUCCAUUAGAUGACCAUGUGUUGCCACCACCAUCCGGGCCUGUGUCAUAUAAGCCACUGGAGACGUCAAAGGACACCAACUUAGUGUUCUUUGACCUGGAAUCGACAGGGUUCGGCGACUGUGCCGAGAUAGUUCAGCUUGCGGCCCAGUCUGGCAGCAACACCUUCAGCCAUUACGUUGUGCCGGAAAAAUCCAUCCACCCGAAAGCCACGGAGAAGAUCGGUCUGACUGUCACUGUGGUCAAUGGCCAGAGGAGGUUACAGCGCGUUGGAUCCAAAGAGCCUUUGCAAUCUGUCACCCUCCAUGAUGCCAUCACCACUUUCAUCCGUUGGUUGUAGGGGCUU